AUGGGAACCUGUUCAAGUUAAGCAAAACAGAAAGGCAAAAAUAUUCAAACAAAACCAAACUAAAAUGAACUUGACACUAACCUGAAUUCAGGUUAAAAGCAACCAGCGUCAUAGAAAUAGGUGGAAAUUGAAGAAUGUCCAAAAUAGUCUCAUUAGGAGGCUUAAGAAUAAGUGGAAAAAAAAGAAAUUAAAAGUGAUCUAUAGAAUGUGAUCACAGAUGAGGAAGCAAUAAAAUAAUAUCUCUUAGGGGAAGAGUUAUCUGAAGUUUCUAUGCAGAUGGAAAAAGAUUUGAGUGCCUAAAUACAACAAAAAAUAAGUUUUAAGGAUAAGAAAUAGAUUGUCUCUGUAAUAAAAGCUCUUUUUUUAUGUUUAAAGAAAUUAGAAGAACCAAUUUAUCAGUUAGACAAGAAAUACCCAAGCGAGAUUCUCAACAAUUUCUAGCAGUUUUUAUAGUAGUCUUUGUAGGAUCUUUUCGAAUACAAUAUAAACCUUGUGAAAAACGAAUAGAUUUUGUAAGAGGGUAUUGAAUUGUGUUGUCGAACUUAUCAUGUAUUAUAAAAUUUAGGAAAAAAAUUAAAAACCUAAAAAGCUUACGCCUAAGGAGUUUAAGAUGAAGAAUUGACUAUAAGCGAAGAAUUAAAAAAAUAAUACUUAAAAGUUCAAAGCGAAAUAAAACUGGAAAUUAUACGAACAUUUUAAAAUAAGAAUGAGGUUUCUAAAUCUCAAUAACAAUAAUAAAAUAACCCUUUAGUUUUGAUGAAGUUUAAUACUAAACAUGCUAUUACUUUAGCUAAAUAAUAAACAUUAAAAUAAUAAGCAGGUGAUGAUGAAGACAGCUAAUCGCUUUAAUCACUCUAAAAAGCUCUAGAAUAUGAUAUUUAAUAUAGCUAAUAUGAUACGAGUAAUAUGAAACCAAAAAAGUAGUAAAAUUGA